UUUUGGGAAAGUACGCAGGGCAGUAUAAUAAUUUAUAAUGUUUAUACCUUUCUAUAUUUUAAUAAUACAACGAAGUAUUUAUAACUGUAAGUCCCAUAAAUACUCAAAUAUAUAUUUUUUAUAAAAAAAAAAAAAAAAUUUCGGAUUUUUUAAUAAUUUUUUGUCUGAAUAAUUCCACAAAAUCGAUAAGAGAUUUUCUAUAUAAAAAAAUUAUGUCACUGUCUCUUUCCACACCAGAAUUUUGUUAAGUACAUAUUUCUCAAGCUUCUUAGUGAUUUUUUCUAUUAAACCUACAUUGUGCUACUCAUCAGACCCAGCAUAUUAGAUCAAUAAGAGAUCACUAUUGCAUACUUUUCAGCGUAAAGGGUAAAUACAUAUGAGUUCUGGGUGGGGCUGUUCCUUUUUAGAAAAAUUUUAUUUGAGAUUCUAAUAUAAAAGCGUUCUCAGGAUUAUAAUAAUAAAUCUGUCUGUAUAUAUUGAACUCAUCAAGAUUUCUGAUCCAAAUUUCCUUCCUCUUGAGAUGAAAUGCGAUCCAAUAAUUUUAAUCAAAUUUUUAAUUUCGGUCUCCUUUGUUUCUCUUUAAAAAUUUGAAUUAGAAUAUAAUUUAAUAAACGUUGUUUGGGUGGAAAGUUACAUCAUCUCCAAUAGCUUUUCACCAUCGCAGUUUCCGCCCUCACAAGCAAAUCUAUUUGCACAUAGCAACAGCAGCGACAAAACGAGCCUUAUAGGUUAAGAAAGGCAACUUACUUAGUUUCUUAGAAAAUAAGGUGGUAGCAAAUUGAGUGAGAGCGAAAGAGAGUACAAGAAGUAGAGACUGAGUGUGAAACAAACUUCAACACAUGGUGAGCAAGUAUAAGGGUUGUUACAAAGCGUGGUGAAGUACUUGUCAUAUAUAGAGCAUGUACUUUCACCACCACUCAGCAGACGCUAAGGGUUGCCAACGCCAGAUGGCGCUAAGUGCAUUAACCGCUAUUCUGAAGUAUUUGAGUAAAUUUCGCUUGAUUUUGCGAGUGAAAGUGUUGACUUAAGUUGUGUUGAAUACAAUUUCACUCUUCGUUCGGCGACCUAGGACACUCUUUUGGUGAUUGUCUAAAUAAUAUUUGCUGAAUUGCGCGCUGAAUGAGCGCAUUUUAAAUGCCGUUGCAUACAUUUAGGAGCAGAGAGCAUAUGAAUUCUUCAUAGAAGCAUACUUCCAGCUCAUUGGAGCACAUUUGCCAACUUGCUCACAAACAUUUUUAAGAGCUCUACGUUCAGCUCGGCGCUCGUUAAACACAUUAUAACCGAGCAACGCAUUCGGCCUGCAAGCGAACGCUUAUGUAUGUCUGUUGUAAGCGACUGUUUGAGACUUUACGGACACUCGGCAUUCGUUUCGCCAAUAUUGCUGAGCGCUCGUUUAAAUGCUAUUUGCUGAAGUGAGCUUACAAAAUGCGCGAGUGCAUGCCUUCGUGUGCAUGGUUGUGCGCACUCGUGCUCGGGUAUAUGUGUGCGAGUUCGCCCAUGUGUACAUGUGAGUUUUCUAAAAAGUUAUGUGCCUCAAGUGCGUUUACCUCAGUCGUGUUAGGUGCUGCAACCGGUUAAGAUGUGCUAAACGGGAGAUCAACGUGUCGUCAUUGUGCGUGUCAAGUUCGUUCGAGUGUUGCGUUGCGAUUCGCCUGCUAUACACACACCUAGUCACAUAGGCUAUUGUGUUGCGCGACCGUUACAAAGAUUUGUUGUACUGGCUUUUUGUUGGGCUGCUGUUUUUCUUUCCACCUUUGCAUGUAUGUGUGCAUAUGUGUUACACAGCGGCGCUUAGUGGCAAUGGCAAAGUCGAAAUAUUAUCAUCAUUGUAGUGCUGUUGCUGUUCGAAGUGUGUGUGUGUGCUCUAGCGUGCCUGUAUGUGUGCGCUGUGCAAUAUUCUGUUGCUGCUGAAGGCACUUAGUUGUUGCUGAAGUGUUUGACAAGUGGCUGCUGUGUGUUCUACAAAAUAUUAUAAUUAUGUUUGUUGUUGCGUAGCAAAAAAGAGCAGGAGAAGAAGAAAAAGGAAGGAAAAAAAUAUCAAAAAAUCAUUUCAAAAAAAUAAUUAUUGUUGUUGUUCUCUGUGCUAUGCACAUAUGUGUGGUUGCUUAAAUAUUUAAGUGGAUUUUUAUUGACUUCCUGACACACGCACACACACACUGAACGCGCGCACGCAACGUUUACUACAGCUGCCACACACAAACACACGCACUUGUGGAAGUACACACGCGCGCGUCCAGUGCUUUCAAAGUACCAUAUCAAAAGCCAACAGUUCAUACACAUACUAACGCGCAUGAAAAAUCGCUUCGAAAAAUAGAAAAAAAAAAAUUGUAUAAAUUUUCCGGAAAAAGUUUUAAAUUUACGCGCAAAGUUCGGCGUUGCAGCAUUUAAGCGUAAACGUUUGUGCAAACCGGUCGAUUAAGUACAUAGUACAAGAAAAACGCGCGCGGUCGCUUCAUGAACUAAGUUCAACGCGCGUUUCAGUAGCUGUAGUAUAAGACAAAUAAAUGUGUGGCGGCGAAAAACGUGAAACGUGAAAGCAAUCGAAACGGCGCUUGAAACGUAGGUCGCGAACGUGUGUAAUUAAGUAAUCGAAAUGAGUUUAAAAAUCAUUGCGCUGGAAAAUUAACGACAGCAAACAGACACAUUGGCUGCCACCUGCCUGCCUGGCAGACGGCGCGACUGUGCAACCAACUGCCGGCUAACAGCGCUCAACACUGCGCUCAUAUUCAAUGUUAAAUGUGCGGGUAUGAAGUCAAAAGAAUCAAAUAUUUUCCAUUUUACCGCUAAAAAAUUGUAUAGCCCAGCCGCCAGUCAGCGGUGCUUAAGUGAGCGAGCGAGCGGCAACUGAGUAAGCGCAAUUAAGUUACACGUGCUUCAACACACACAUACAUAUUUAUCGGCAAUAAUAGCGUAUAAGCGCGGCAUUAAUUACAAUAAAUACACAAUACUUGUAAUAGCUGAGGCGCUGCAAAAUCGAAGCGUUUCAAUUCACGCGCGCAAUUACUUAUAAAUAACAUACAGUGCCGUGCAAUUUUCAAUAAUUAAUUGAGCAUUAAAGCGGUAAAAUACUCACAAAUGUCAAUGCCGCUUCAAAAUGCAAUUGCAAAAACAAAUAUAAUAACAACAACAAAUUAUUAAUAACAACACCAACAUAAGCGCUUGUGUGGCAUGAAGUAUGCUUGUUAAAUUAUGCAUUUGAGUGACGAAGGUGCCGCAUUAAUGUCCAAAGCAACAACAACACUAACAACAACUGCAUUUCAAUGUGUGCAGUAAGCGUCGUAGUAGCUGUGGAGCGCAUUUUACAAGCAUGUGCAUAUAAAUAUUAAGCCUGUAUGCCUGUAUAAAAUCAUAACUCAUAGCAACCCAUAUCAAUUACGAAAACGAACCCAAAUAACAUAUCAAAUCACCAAUAAGUCUGUUAUUAAAAAUAAUUAACACAAGCAAUGCUUAUAAACAUAUCGCAUGAGGCCACUGAUAGAUAUAAAAAAAUAUCAAAAAAAGCACUUUAAUUGCAUAUCUGAGAAACAAAAGCAAAUUAAAGCAACACACGAAUUUUAAACAAAAAAAUAGUGGCAAAUAAAAUAUAAUUACAAGGAGAAAAUAAAAUAAAUUAAAAUCCGCGAUAGCAAAGAGAAAUACAAGUGUCUAGUGCAAGCAAAAGUUAUCAAUUAUCAUUGAAAUUUCCAAAAUAAUUAAGCCAACGAAAUGCAUAGUGUUCAUUAAAAGCUCCAAAAGCGCAAAAAGUUGAAAAGUGCGCGCAAAGUUUACGCGCAUUAUACGAAAAUUCCCGCGAAAAUCCAUUCAUUAGUGCAAUUUAGUUUAAUUAAAUAAGCAAAUCCGCAGCAAAUUAUACAAGCAUAAAUAAAAGUUAGCGAAAAUUUUGAAAAGAAAAAAAUUUAGCAAAAAUAAAUAAAUUAAAAGAAAAGAAAAUUGUUAGCAAAAUAUUUGGCAAUCCAAUUAAAAAUUUCCAAAUUUCUGUGCUAACAAAAGUGCUGUUUUUGUUACUACAUUGUGCUUAAGCGUAAUAGUCGAAAAAAAAUAAAAUAAAAGAACGUAACAAAAUGGCGAUGGUUAUAUCGACGCGCGCGAAAUUGCUAAUAACCGCGUUAAUAUUAUUCUUUUGCCUCGGCAUUGUGCUCGUGACGGGCUCGACAAAAGGCUGGUUUAUACCAAAUCGCUAUAACGGCGAGCGUGUUGCUGCUAGGAUACAGGACGACAGCUAUAAUGAAAUUUUAGACGAUGAAGGCGGCUCCGGUUUUUUGGGAAGUGCGAGCGAAGACUACGAUAUAUUAGAUGAGUCUUUUUGGAAUGCGACGGACGAAACCGGUGGAUUUCCAUCACAAACAUCGCCUCCUUAUCCGCUCGAAAGACCCUAUCGCACGGGUAAAGGUGAAAAAGGUGAACGUGGCCCUAAAGGUCCACCCGGUGAUAGCAUACGUGGUCCACCGGGACCACCGGGGCCGCCAGGCCCUAAAGGUGAAUCGGCAACUUUUCCGCCCUUCGUUGAUUUUCCCACCGGCGCCGAUGCGAAAUACACUGGCAAAUGUACGUGCAACGCGUCUGAUAUCCUAGAAGCAAUCAAAGAUAAUGAAAUAUUACGUGAAACAAUACGCGGCCCACCCGGACUGCCGGGUAAGGAGGGCAAGACUGGUGCGCCUGGACUCACGGGUGCUACAGGGAAACCAGGUGAACGCGGUGCCCCCGGUCCCAAAGGUGACCGCGGCGAUAGGGGCGAUCCUGGCUCCCGUGGACCCGAGGGUCUGCAAGGUCAUAAAGGUGAGCCGGGCGUCGACGGCAUGCCCGGCAUGCUGGGUCCACCCGGACCGCCGGGACCGCCUGGCUUGCCCGAGAGUUACGAUGAAUCCUUAAUGGGCAAUUCAAUGCGUCCGAUGCGCAGCUCUUCACCGGGACCCAAGGGUCCACCCGGUGAUAAAGGUGAUGCCGGCGCAGCGGGCGAGCGUGGUCAACAGGGUCAAAAAGGUGAACGUGGUGAUCCAGGAAUGACGGGCGAAAAAGGUGAUAGGGGCCACCCGGGCGCACAUGGCGGUAAUGGACAAAAAGGCGAGCCCGGCCAACCAGGUGUACCAGGCAUGGCGGGAGCACCCGGUGCCCCCGGUCUGAAGGGAGAUCGCGGUCUACCCGGUGAAUUGGGUCCCAUCGGACCACCCGGUCCACCUGGUGAAGUUAUUUAUGCAGACAAUUCAUUGAACGGCACAUCGAGCAGCAGCGCGGCGGGCGGACAAUGUCAAUGUCCCGCGGGUCCACCCGGACCGCCGGGUACACGCGGUCCGCAAGGCUAUGAAGGGCCACCCGGUUUGAACGGCGAGCCUGGUCCAGCUGGGUCGAACGGUUUGACCGGCCUGCCUGGCUCCAAAGGUGAGAAGGGCGAAAAAGGUGUGCGCGGACUGAGCGGCCCGAAAGGCGAUCGCGGUCCCGAAGGACCGCCAGGGCAGGCCUUUUUCGCUGGCGGUUACGAAGGCAUGGCUAUGAAUGGCACCAAGGGUGAGAAGGGAGAGAAGGGUAUGCGCGGACGACGCGGCAAACCGGGCCAAGCUGGACCGAUCGGACCGCCGGGCAAACCUGGUCCAAUGGGCGAUAUUGGACAUUCGGGUCGACCUGGAUUACCCGGUCCCAAAGGAGAUUCAGGUACCAAAGGACAGAAAGGCGAAAAUGGCGGACGAGAGGGACCCAAAGGCGAUAAGGGUGAUCGCGGUCAGGAUGGACGUGAUGGCCUGCCAGGACCACCUGGCUUGCCAGCAGCCGCCGGCGAGGGUGUACAAUAUAUACCGAUGCCUGGUCCGCCCGGACCACCAGGCGCACCGGGACAACCCGGCAUGCCCGGUUUAACGAUAACCGGACCGAAAGGUGAGCCCGGCAUGGAUUCGCGCAGUUUCUACGGUGAUGCGUCUUACUAUGGACGACCGGCGAGUGGACGCUCCUCUCUCGAUGAAAUCAAAGCUUUGCGUGAACUACAAGACUUGAGAGAUCGUCCAGACAGCACAUCUGGCCCGCCAGGUCCUCCUGGUCCACCAGGCCCACCCAGCCAUUCGCGUCAUGACGAUGAAGAGACACCAUAUUUCUCAGCUUCUUCCUGGAAUAUGCGCAUCGUACCCGGUGCGGUGACGUUCCCAAAUAUCGAUGAAAUGACAAAGAAAUCAGCAAUGAAUCCGCCAGGCACAUUGGCCUACAUCACGGAGGAGGAAGCGCUGCUGGUGCGCGUCAACAAGGGCUGGCAAUAUAUUGCGCUUGGCACUUUGGUGCCCAUUGCCACACCCGCCCCACCGACUACAGUGGCACCGCCGGUGCGCGUUGAUAUACAAUCAUCGAAUCUGCUCAAUAAUCUGCCGCCGCUCUUAAAUACGCCAACGUUUACAACGGCGCCAGAGUAUGAAACGUGGUAUCCACGCAUGCUACGCGUUGCGGCGCUCAACGAGCCAUAUGUCGGCGAUCUGCAGGGCAUACGCGGCGCUGAUUUCGCCUGCUAUCGUCAGGGACGCAGAGCCGGUUUGCUGGGCACCUUCAAAGCCUUCCUGUCAUCCAGAGUGCAAAAUCUUGACUCGAUUGUACGUGUCGCAGACCGCGAUCUACCGGUAGUGAAUACACGAGGUGACGUGCUCUUCAACUCGUGGAAGGGCAUCUUCAAUGGCCAAGGUGGCUUCUUCUCGCAAGCGCCGCGUAUCUACAGUUUUAGCGGCAAAAAUGUGCUAACGGAACCAUUGUGGCCACAAAAGCACGUUUGGCACGGUUCACUACCCAACGGUGAGCGUUCGAUUGACACAUAUUGUGAUGCUUGGCACUCGAGUUCCAUCGAUAAAUUCGGUUAUGCAAGCAAUUUGCUGGGGAACAAACUGCUCGACCAGGAGCGACAAACUUGCGAUAGCAAAUUAAUUGUGCUCUGCGUGGAGGCGUUGUCGCAGGAUAGAAGGCGAAAACGCGAUCUCAGCGACAGCGAACCCGAGUUCCAUACGGCGGAGGCAUACGCGCGUCAUCUGCAAGAAGUGCUAACUUGAAAAAUUGACUCACGCACACAUACGCCAAGGAAGCGUGCCAGAAAAGCGCAUCGGCUGCGGCGACAACAUUUACAUCAUCACCAACAUAACCAGUGAAAUUGAAGCAAAAUUCGCGAGCAACAAAAUUUUUAAUUUUUUAAAUUGUAAAGAACAAAAGCCAAAUCACAAACUACUUACAUGCGAGUGAAUGAUUUAUUUUUAUUACAACAACAUUGCGAAAAGCAUUUCAUCUAAUUAAUAAGUAAUUGAACAAAUUUCGUUUCUGUUACAAACAGUUUGUGAAAAUUUCCACCAUAUUUAUAGUUGAUUGGUACUACUAGCGACUAAUUGCACACAUACAAACAUACAAACAUACUUACAUAUAAACUGAAGCCCAUCUAUGUGUGUGAGUUUACUUCAUUGCAUGUACUAUAGACACAUACCAACGUAUUCAUGUAGUUACAUUCAUACAUACAUACUCGUACAUACGCGUAUUUAAAACUUCAUACUGCUUCACUUUUUCUGUGUAACUACGCUAGCCAAGUAAGUGUAAACGAAAACUGUAAUUGUAAUUGUAAUUUUCAAAUCAUAGAUUUUUAAUGUCUCUUAAUGCAUACAAACACACACACAUGCAUACAUACGUAGACUACAUAGUAUGUAUGUAACUGUAAAUAUUUCAAUAGUUUUUAUUAUUUUGUAUUUAUAGAAAUCCAGUAAUAUUAUUAUAGCAAUUUAAGAAAAAUAGUCAUACAUAUAUGAAUUAUGUAAUGCAGUGUAAACGAGCAGUGCAGUGAAAAUAGCAGACUAGCAGGAAAAUGUAGAAAAGUCAAGAAAUGCGAUAUGAACACACAGAGAGUCAUAAACAAAUAGAAAAUGAAAAAUUUUGGCAAAAAAAAAAAUCAAUUUCCAAAUUUUAUUUAUUUUCUGAGCGCACUGAACUGUUUUCUUAUUAUUUUAUAAAUUCACAGAUUUUAUCAAUCAUUAUUAAUUUUUAAAAUUUUUCUUUAUCUUAGUUAUUUAAAUAAUUCUCUUUGUAUUAAUAACUAUGUAUUAUUGUAGUAAUUAAAAAUAAUAAUAAGAACAAAAUUAUUUAAAAAAAUAUAUUUUAAAAAUAUAAAAAAAAAUUUAACUAACAAAAUUUUAAAUUUUCCUGAAUUUAAUAAUAAAAAAAAUUUAUUUAGUAAAAUAAUUGUUAGAAUUUUUGUAAAAAAAAAAACAAUUAAAAUUUUCAACAAAAAUAUUAGGUCUACAACUUUGCUUCCGCCGUUUUGCAAUGAUGUCUCUAGGGUCAAGCACUGGUCGAUUAAAUCAUUUGUGUCAACAUUAACCCAACAAAAUAUUUGUAAAGAUCUGUUUGCUUCCCAAACAUAUUCUGAACUGAAAAUGUUACUUUCUGAGCCGAAUUCGCGACAUUUGCGGGAAAUUUUGCUUUUCUUUUUUAAUUUCAAGAAAAGUGCGGCUGAGGCUCAUCGACAUUUGUAACAUCGACAUUUGUUUAAUACAAAAAAAAACUUGAAUUUACAAAAAAACGGCGGAAGCAAAGUUGCCGACCUAUAAUUUUUUCAUUAUUAAAGUUACAUUUGAUUGAACAAUAACAAAAUAAUUAUUUAAAAAAAUAUAUAUUUUAAAUAAACUAAAAAAUUUAAACUUUUCGUAAAUUUAUUAAUUAAAAAAUAUAAAUUUGUAGCAUUUUGUGAAAAAAAAAAAUAUUACAAUUUUUGUAAACCAAGAAAAAUUAAAUAUUAAUAUUUAAAUAUUUAAUUUUAUAAAUUUUAUGAAUUAAAAAAAAUAUUUAGCAUUUUGUCAAAAAUUAUUAGAAUCCAUUAAACCCUAUUUUUCCAAAACAAAUUUUUUUUUUUUUUUCAUUAAAAAAUUUAUACACAUUUAUUUUAAUUCAGAAAUAUAAUACUCUUUCUCACUUUUUAACGCUAUAAUGCAUGAAAUCGGCACCGGUUGCUUCAUUUGUUAUAUUUGCUAAAAAAAUUACAAAAUUCAAAAUUAAUACUCAAAACCAAAAAUAAUGUUUUCAAAUAAAUUUUACUUUUUUUUGAAUAUUUUAAUUAAUAGUUUAACACCUACAAGCACAGUAAAAACUUAAAAAAUAAAUAUUUGACAUUUCUUUGCGCUAAACAACAGCAUUUUUUUUUUAAUAUUUUUUUUUAUUUAAAAAAAUAUUUUUAUUUUAUUUCACACGCUGUUUCAAAAUAUACAACAAAUUAAAAAAGUUGUAAAUGUAAAUAUGACACGAAUUGCCAAGCAGCAAAAUAUAAUACAAAUAAUAACAAAUGCAAAUAUAGCCGUUUAUUUAAAAAUUUGUCAACGUAUAUUUUGCAUUAAUUCGGUAAGCAAUUCGAAACAAAUACAAAAAAAAAUAUUUUCAAUCAAAUGGUUUUUGUAACAUUUCAUAUUGAGUAAAGAAUAUUUUUUACUGUGUCCUUUUGCCAAAUAUGAAAUAACUCAAUUAAAACGCAACUACAUUUGUUGCAAUAUAAAAAAAAAAAACAAAAAACAACAACAUAGACAACUUUUUCAUACACUCAUACACACAGACACUACAACUUCCGCGUCAACAUAACAUAUCGCAAAUUACAUUAUCAAAAAUUGAAAACAAAUACAAUAAUUUUAACAAAAAUAAUAUUUAUAUUUUCCCAAAGCAAGCUGACAUACACAAAUACACAGACUCACAGUCACACAAAAACACACACAACAACAAAUAGGUAUAACAGCAAUUUUGUGUAGCAAUUAAAAGAUAUAGCGAAAACAUGUGAAAAAACAACAACCACAACAAAAACUAUGUAAACCAACCAAUAAAACUCCAGCGAGUUUCAAAUGCAUACAAAUGUAUAUGUAUGUAUGUAAAGGAAAUUUUUUAUACGUGAAUUUUUAAAAAUAAGUUUUGUAGCAUUAAUACCAAUUAUAAUGAUAUUAACAACACAACACGUAGCACUACUUAUGUAGCAUAAAUAUGUAUAACUCAAAUAAACAAAAGCGUAUUCAUAAAUAUACUAUAUAUAAUAUACAUAUAUGUAUGUAAGUAAUUUGGUAACUGUAAUUAUGAGAGCAAAAACAAAAACAACUGAAAUUGAAAAUAAAAAAUAAAAAAAUGUGCAGUGUCUGUUAUUACAUAAUAAUACUAUUAAAAAUUUAAUAAAUUAAUAUAAUUAACGAUUCAAAAGUCGAUUAAAAUGUGACUUUGCGCGAAGGCAAUGCUUAGUUAGUAAACAUUUGCAUUUAAUUAUGGCAUUUUCGUUUUUGUAACUAAAUGAAUGAAAGCCGAAAUAUUAGAGAUUAUUACAUAAAAAAUAAAAACAAAAACAAAAGCAGAGCAAACAUUAGCAAUAAAACAAUAAUUGAAGCAAACAGAAAACAAAAAACAAAAAAAAAAAAAAAUUAUAUAAGUAUGUAUAAUUAAAGCUAAACUAACUAAUGUAAGCGUAAAGUGAAUGAAAUGAAUUUUACAUUUAAUAGUCACAAUAAUAAAAAACAAAAACACAAACAAAAAACUGCAAACGAAGAAAUUGUAUUUUGAAGCAAAAGAGCAAAAAAAAAGAUUAAAUUCAAAUGAAAAGCAAAAAAUUUCGAAUUUCACAUUCAAAACGAAACACAAUAAUAUCAUGAUUACGUGUGCAAAAUGUACUACAUUAACGGUAAAUUGUAAAUGAAACUCCCCACAACACUUACACAUAUACAUAUACACAACUACAUACACACAAACACAUACAGAAACACAGUGAAACACACACGAAGAAUCAUAUCGAAGUGAAUGUCGUUAAACCAAAUUCUAGUCCUAAGCCAGAAAUGCAGCGAUAUUAAAGUUAAUAAAAAAUGAAAAAGAAAUGUAUGCAAAACAACAGAAAAAACUUUAAA